AUGCCCAAAGCAAACAAGCAUGCAGAAAUCAAGCCUUCCAAGUUCCGAACAGCUCUUUGCGAGUUUUACAUGCGCCAGGAUAAAUGCCCCUUUGGGACUCGUUGUGCCUUUGCUCACGGUGAACAUGAGCUUCAUACAGAAGAGCACAAUGUAGAACUGCUGAAGACUACAGGUCUGCAACGACUUGACGCCGCCGCUCUUCCUGCCGCGACACGAUGCAGCGCGAUGACCAUGAAGAGUUCUCUCAAUUCUGUCUUCCCCAUUGUGACUUCCUUUCGGCGGCAACCAGUUAUUGUUUCGCUUCCGUGUUGGACGGAUUCGCGGGUGGUUGGUUUUGAGCAGUGUGAGGCAACAACCCCGGUAACUCGACUGGGGGAUUCUGAGGUUCCAACAUUUGUGCCCACCCCGCCAAGGGGUGCAAGUCGGCCACGGUGCUCUAGCAAAUUCUUUGCCAGCUGCUCCACAGAGGCCCCUGUUAUGUAUCGACACAACCCAUAUGCUAUCUCCACGCAGUAUGAAUAA